AUGAGGGAUUACCUUUUACUAUUUCAAUCUUAGUCAUACUUCUGAGUUUUCACUGUACCUUCAUUCGAUUAAAUCUUCUCUUCUUUUAAACAGAAUUUAAGAGAGAUAUCUGAAGUAAUUUGGGGGAGUCUUCCUUUUACAGAUUAUUCGGUUUUGAGGGACGAUAUGGCGGAAGUUAGAAGGAAGAUAUCAGCAGCGUCAGCCAGAGCUCACACCAGAAAAUCUCAUCAAAGCUCUUCUUUCAAGCUUUCUCCAGGUAGAAAUUUUCAGGUUUCCUCAAGAAAAUACUAGCAGUCUAGUUUGUGGGGAUUUUGGCAUGGAUUUACCAGGUGAUCCAACCACCUCCCCCCAAGAUGUGCGGCUCUCCGAAUGGUCCCCCUGUGACAGCACCAAGAAUAAGGCUUAAAGAUGGAAGGCAUUUAGCCUACAAAGAGCACGGUGUUCCGAGAGAUGUGGCCAAGUAUAAAAUUAUCUACGUGCAUGGUUUCAGGUCCGGAAGGCAUAAUGUUAUUGUUGCAGCUACUCUAUCUCCGGAAGUUAUUGAAGAGUUAGGGGUCUACAUUGUGUCUUUCGACAGACCAGGUUAUGGAGAAAGUGAUCCGAAUCCAAAGCAAACAGUAAAGAGCAUGGCAAUGGAUAUUGAAGAGCUUGCUGAUCAGUUAGGACCAGGAUCGAAAUUCUAUGUAAUUGGCUAUUCCAUUGGAGGGCAGGCAGUAUGGAGUUGUCUCAAGUACAUACCUAACAGGUUAGCAACACUGUUAGCUCCAGCUGUUACUUAUUGGUGGCCUAAUUUUCCUGCAAAUGUAUUGAAUGAAGCCUUCAAUCAGAAGUUAAGAAAAGACCAGUGGGUUAUUCGUGUUGCUCACUAUGCCCCUUGGCUCGUUUACUGGUGGAACACUCAAGAACUGUUUCCUGCUUCUAGUGUUUUAGCCAACAAUUCUGAUGUUUUGUCCAGUCAGGACAAAGAAAUUAUGUCUAGAAUUUAUUCGAGAAAGGAUUCCGUGUCACAACCAGUUACAGAGCAAGGAGAGUUCGAGUCCCUUCAUCGAGAUCUUAUAGUUACACAAGGAGCAUGGGAAUUCGAUCCUCUGGAUCUGGGAAAUCCAUUUGCAAACAAUAAGGGUUUUGUACACCUUUGGCACGGGGAUGAGGAUAAGAUCGUGCCAAUUACAAUGAACCGCUACAUUGCAGAACAACUUCCCUGGAUUUGGUACCAUGAAGUUUCAGGUGGUGGGCAUUUCUUUCCUCUAGCUGAUGGGAUGUCCAAUGCUAUCAUAAAGGCACUUUUAGUUGGAGAAAAAUAGUGAGUAAUGGGCUCUAUCUAUCUGUCCAUCUCAUGCCUCUAGAGCCUGAGAUUUUGUAAUUUAAUCUCAAACUUGUAGCAUUUGAUCCUUCAUAAUCAAUGUGUAAGUGUAAUACGAUAAUCAACGCUGUGCAGUCUUCAACUAUUUUUUUUUUCUUUAGAUGAAAAAUAAAAUCCUCAUUUCCAAUAUGGUCCCAGAAACAAAA